CGAUUUUUAAAUAAUUUUUUAUAUCUAUCGUAUAUACGUAACGGUUUCAAUAUUUAGUAAAUCAUAAUAAUACUACAAUAUUAAUAGUAACAUUAAUAAUAAUAAAUUGAAGUAAAAAAAAAAAAUCUCGAUGACGGAUGUAACAAAACCGGCAUAACAUUGUACGAAGGAGAAGGAAAAACUAAACGUAGAAGAAAAAAGAACAGCUGUAGUAACUUCGGGAGUUGAGAAAAUAUAUGUAAACAUUUGUCAAAGUGCGAUAUAUAACGUUGAAGGUAUAUAUAUAAAAAAAUACAAUAGAAAGCAUCUCCCCCCCCCACUCUUGUAUAACAUAUAUAUACACAUAUAUAUAUAUAUAUAUUAUAUGGGGGAGUUCAAAUACGGGCCAGUAAUUUCAACCCUGGACUACUGUUCCAGUCUGUUCUCUGGGACGAAUCAAGCGUCGACGGGCGGUGGAGCAUCGAGCAGGCCGACGACUGUAUCGGCCAUGCAGGAGGAGCUGCUGAUAGAGAAACAGACCGCUAAUAAACCGGCCCCCUUGUCGCCCGGCGGUGGUUCCGAUUCGGCGGUCCAGGUCGGAGGCGGGGGAUCUCGGGAGGGCGGCGUAAAGUCGAAGGACCAGCAGGAGCAGGAACGGGACGUCGUCUCGAUAUCCUCGAUGUCCUCCUUGGCAGGGAUGAGCUCGAUAACCUCGAUGACGGUAUCGGGAUCGGACAAGGAGGGCGGUCCUCAGCCCUCGCCGUUCCCCGGGGACCCGGUGAGGGUGCCGAGCCUCUGGGCGGACGACGGGAGCCUCCACGCUCUACCGGUGAACGGAUCCCUGGCGGCCUUUCAAAAUUUCCCAACCGGCGGACCGGCCGGUUUGUUCGCGAACACGGGGAGCGGUUCCGCGGUCAACGCCGGCUCAUCGAGACGCGCCAUUACGGCCAGUCACAAUUUUCCCCAGCAAGCCGGUGCCGCGGGUGCAGGUAUAAGUGGUGCUAGUGCAGGUAGUGCUGGUAGUCAGCAGACCCAAGCUCAGCAGCAGCAGCAGCAGCAGCAGCAGCAGCAGCAACCCCAGCAGCAAUCUCAGCCCCAACAGCAACAGCAACAGCAACAGCAACAGCAGCAGCAGCAGCAGCAACAAGCCGCGGUAUCGAAUCACCCCGGCGUAUACGUUCAGGGGAAAGGCUACGCCGCGUGGUCCGGCGGCUCUCAGUCCGCCGUUGGGCCUCAGCAAUGGGGCGGCGGGGGUGGGGGCGGGGGUGGGGGACCACAGGGGGCCGGCACCCCGGCCCUACAGUCCCCCUGGAGCCGCGGAAGGUCCGUGCCGAAUCUCCCGCCGCUGCACUCCUCGCUCCACGUGGCCGCUGCCGCGGCCGCUGCCGCUGCUAGCCUCCAGGGCAGGAAACCGAGUCCUACCUUCUCGGGUCAUCCGGGGCACCCUGGACACCCGGGACAUCCGGGUCACCCGGGGCAUCCCGGACAUCCCGGACACCCUGGGCACACCGGGCCCACUGGUAUCAGUCCGGUUAAGUUCAGGAGGAGCACUUCUUAUCCGGGAAAGACCAGCUUGUAUCAACAGCCGGCCGCGCCCACCUUCGAAGUUACCGGUGCCGACGAGAGGGAUCUUCUUCAGAUGCCACCUUAUCAGCAGGACCGAAUGACGGCGAACGGAAAUUCGCCCUUGGACAGCAUGCGGACCCUGGAGCAUUACCUCAGCGACAUAAUGCGCGCAGGAGCAGCCGACACCCCCGAUCAUCUCAAGGGAUUCAUAAACUGCAACGCAAACACGCUACAGUCCCUAGCUCAACUUCACGGCAAGUCGCCGUUUUUCCCAAGCCUCGAAGAACAGAGCGGCACUCUCCUCGAGGAUCCGACAGCUGCUGGUCAACUCGACGGCGGCGUCGGCGUCGGCGUCGGGGUGAACGUCGGUGUCGGAGGCGGAAUGACCGCCCCCCAGGUCGCCCCCCUUUCAUCGCCGAGCCGAAGCAGCCCUCACAGCCAGGGAAGCGAAACCGGCGAACGAUUCUCACGGAAGGUCUUCGUCGGCGGCUUGCCGCCGGACAUCGACGAAGAUGAAAUCACAGCCAGCUUCCGUCGUUUCGGACCGCUUGUCGUUGACUGGCCACACAAGGCGGAAAGCAAGUCGUAUUUUCCUCCCAAGGGUUACGCCUUUCUGCUCUUUCAGGACGAAUCGUCCGUGCAGCAGCUGAUCGACGCGUGUAUCCAGGACGACGACAAGCUCUACCUUUGCGUAAGCUCACCAACGAUCAAGGACAAGCCGGUUCAGAUACGGCCUUGGCGUUUGAGCGACGCGGACUUCGUUUUGGACGCCUCGAUGCCUCUCGACCCCAGGAAGACCGUCUUCGUCGGAGGCGUGCCGCGGCCCCUCAAAGCUGUCGAACUCGCGAUGAUCAUGGACCGGCUUUACGGGGGCGUUUGCUACGCGGGAAUCGACACCGAUCCCGAGCUCAAGUACCCGAAGGGUGCCGGGAGGGUCGCCUUCAGCAACCAACAGAGCUACAUCGCGGCAAUAUCAGCGCGAUUCGUCCAGCUGCAGCACGGCGAUAUCGACAAGAGGGUUGAAGUCAAGCCGUACGUUCUGGAUGAUCAGAUGUGCGACGAGUGUCAGGGUCAGCGAUGCGGAGGAAAAUUCGCUCCGUUCUUUUGCGCCAACGUAACGUGUCUCCAGUAUUACUGCGAGCACUGUUGGGCAACGAUUCACUCUCGUCCAGGACGGGAGUUCCACAAGCCGUUGGUCAAGGAGGGUGCCGACAGACCACGAGCGGUACCGUUCCGCUGGUGUUAACCCCAACUACGUUAAGAAUAGUCGCCCCGCGGCUAAUAAUCUCGCGGCACUAGCUAAUUAAAACUACAAAACACCAUGUACACACACACGCAUACACACGUACACAUGCAUUACCUUAUCAAAACCAAAAGAAGGGGGAAUUGAAACAACCGCAACCGAAAUAAAUAUUACACGACGACCACCACGGCCAAUUCACCAGUUACACCCGUACUACGGGAUUGAUGUGAAAGGGAAGGAGAAGAGAGAAAAGAAAAUGAAGGAAGAAUAUUCGCACCGCUACGGACAGCUCAUCCGUCGACGUCGAUCGUCAGAGGCUCGUCGAAUCGAAUUGAGAAGACGGAAAUUUAAACCGUAGAGAAGAAACGGUUGUCGACACACGCCGAUAUUUUUCCGAGCUUGUCUUCUUCCAAUUCUUCUUCCGGUAAUUAAUUAUCGCAUACCUGACGAAUAUUACAAAAUGUAGUAGGAAAAUUGUACGGAGGUGAGUGAUGACAGAGAAAAGACGGAGGGGAAAGAAAAACGGACGAGGCCGCGUCGUUGGUUGAUUUGAAGGUUUAGCGCAGCAGCUAUACAUAUACACCUGGAAUAUUGACAGGUAAAAAUGGUAACCUUCGCCGGGGUUUUUGUCGCUCGAUAUAUAUAUACAUGCAACUUGUUUUAUAUUUCGAUGGCAAAUAAACCAUACCCUACGAUAUAUCGUGUAAUAACACAAAGCCAUGUGUGUGGUGUAUGUCUUCUUAUACAAUAAUGAUUGAUUGAUUAUUAUUAACUGACGUUGACUGCUGGCUGUUAACCAGGAAGUUUUCUUUUUUUUUUUUUCGUUUUUAAUCGAGGGGCAGCUAGCGUUCUGUAGACGGGGGAGGAUGACGAGAACAUACCUGUAUCUACUAUUCUACAUAUUAUCACUAUUAUUAUUAUUACUAUUAUUACUAUUAUUAUUAUUAUAUUGUUUUAUUUUUUUAUUUUAUUUUUUUUCUAUAAUUAUGGUUAGGGAUACUUGCGGAAAAUGCGCGAGUGGUGAUCAGAGUUGUUACAAAAACUCGUCCAAUUAUGCAGCAGGUGGCGUAAAAUAUUUAAAUUAGGCGUAUUGACGAGAAACAAGGGGAAAAUAAAAAGAAUAGUUUGAGCGAUAUUUAUAAUAAUGCAAUAUUAUAACGAUAAUAACGACAAGUUAUCUAAAGAAAGAUCGAAAGCAGACUAUCAUUACAUGCUAAUAUCGCGUCGUAACUUUUCGCUCGUUCGCUUCAACCCCGCAAUUUCAGCCAUUAUACCACACAUUGCACAUAUUGUUUCUUUUUUUUUUUUCUCGCAGUGACGUGUAACGUUACGGUGAUGUUUGAAAAAAGUUGAAAAAAAAAAUAAAUGAAAGAAAAAAAAAAAUGAAAAAAUCGUUAUCCACGUUAUAAUUGUACGAUCAUUGAGAAUACUCUCUCUCUCUCUCUUUGUAAAAAGGAAAAUAGAAAAAUGAAAUCGGAGUAUAUUUCUCACUAGGCAUAGAUGACGCAUCGUCGUCGUCUCAUCAUUCGCGGUAACUCGACUUCGCUGCUCUUUGAAAUUCAUGGAUAUUGUAUAAUAUACGUAUGUAUAUGUUUACACGUGUGAUGGAAUUUCGAGAUACAGGCAGAAGCCGUGAAACGCGAAAACGGACAGCGAGCAAUGAAAGUUAGAAAGAAUGCGGAUGGAAUGCACGGAUGAGAGAAAGAGAGAGCGAGAGAGAGAGAGAGAGAGAGAGAGAGAGAGAGAGAUGGACAGAGAGAAAAAAAAACUGAGAACUAGGCGUUGGAUAAGCGAGGAAAUGUAGCUGAAAUUUAGACAGGGAUGAAUAACGACGAAGAUAACAAGCCGAAUAAAAAAUGUUGAAAGAAGUGGCGAAAAUUAAAUUGACUGAACUGAGACAGAGCGAGAUAAAAAAAUAAUAAUAAUAAUAAUAAUAACAAUCCGAGAGUGGUAAAAAUCGUAUCGACUGACGAUAUUUACCGUUGAAUACAUUAAUUAAGGAAAAAGAAAAGAAAGAUACUAAAUAACUAGACAAAUUUCAUGCAUAUGUAUAUUACCAAUAUCGUUGCACGAUAAUAUAUAUUAGUAAAAAAAAAAAGAAAGAAAAAAAUGAAUGAGACUUUAUUAAAAAAAAAAAUAAUAUAAAUAAAAAAUCUUUGCUCCCCGUUGCGUAACGAACGCCAAAUAACCACGACGGCUGUCGAAGAUGAGCAGCGUUACAAAUGACUUGACAUAUAUCUCUGUGCGAAACGGAGUUGCAAGAUGUUUAUAGGUAAAAUACUGUUCAUCGGAGACAAGUUAGUCGAUGUAUGUUUUAUAAUAGGACAAAAAUGACGAGGUGAUGAUGGGUUGGUGAAAAAGAGAAAAAAAUAAAUAAAUAAAUAAAUAAAUAAAUAAAUAAAUAAAUAAUACAGACAAAAGUAAAGAUGAAAUAUAAAUAAAUAAAAAUAUGUACACAUACAGAUAAUAGGCGAAAAUUUUUCAGAUUAUCGUGUUUCUUUUAUGUAAAUUGUACAAUUAUGCGAUAAUACGAGUUUUUGACGAGGACGAGGAAACCAUAGUCGGGAAAUAAAUAUCGCGUCGUUAUGCGAUAAUCGAUCUACUGCCGAUUCUUUUAACGUGACGAAACAUACCUAACGCGAAGCUCGACUUUCUAUUCGUCUGCAGUUUCAAGAUAACUUUGCGAUUCGCAGAAUUUGGUAGGUAUAUGUCGGUGUUGUUUGGUUGAAUAGGUAAAUUAAAAGCUCGACCUGUAAAAAGCGCGUUCGCGAAAAUGCCUGUGAUUGUAUUGAAAUUUUUUCAAUUUUCCCUCCCACUGUCUUUUCACCCCCCCCCCCCCAAUCUCAUUGCCGUACCUUUUUGUAGACGUGUACAGUCCACGUAUACAUAUGCAAUUGACAACAUAUAAUAGAACAAUUUCUCAAUUCUAUCUCAUUAUUACGUAUAUUAUAUAUAUAUACAUAUAUAUAUACUAAAUAUAAUAGAAAGCGAAAGAAAAUUAGUUAAUGAAAAAUUAAAACUUGUACAAAGGGAAAUGCAAAAAAAAAAAAAAAAAAAAAAAACGGCAAAAUAAAAGUAAAAUAAAAAAAAAAAAAAAACCAACGGAAGCGAAUUACCAACCAAACUUUUCUCUCGGUGUAUACAUAAUCAAAUAACGCAAGCGUAGUUCAAAUUAUUAAUAAAAUAAAUAAUUUAACAAUAAAGAUAAUGCUAACGACGAUAUAAUAGUAAGAAUGAUAAUAUUACAAACCAAUUCACUCUGCAUAUUUACGCGAGUUACCAAAUAUUAAUGUACGCUGUUAUAUCCUGUACUCUUACGAUUAGUCUGUAUCCAUCACCCCGACUCUCCGCGAUUGAAAUUCACGUAAUAUGCAAGUGUGCAUACGUACAUACAUACAUACAUAAAAUAUCUGUAUCUAUGCAUAGUUACAUUAAUCGUAUAACACGAAACACGCGAGAAAAAACGAGAAGACGGAUUAUCUUUCAGCGUAAAAAUAUUUAUUUUUUUGGUCCAUUUUAUGUAAAUACGCGUAUAAUUAAACUGUAACAUGUAAAUUACUCACAUUUAAUGCCCUUCGUAGAAACAUUCGACCCUUGUCAUUCGCCAUUCAACACCGACGUAUUUCUACUUUAAUUUUCGUGCGAAAGUAUAAAUUCAGAUUUGUUAUUUACCUGACAAGUCGUAAUUGGCUACAUUUUUCAUCACGGGUACGAAACGGAAGGUUUUUUUUUUUUUUUUGUUGCUACAUACGGUACAAUUGUUACGAUCGAUAUUGAAAAUGAAUAAUUAAUAACAAUAACACUAAUACUUAACGAGCAAGUCACCGAAAGCAAUCGGCAGAGGAUUUCAUUUUAUUAAGUGAUAUUCAUAGGAUAAAAUUUUUCUGUCACCACGUUUACCGAGUUCCGACGUUAUUAUUACAUGUAAAAUUUCCGACGGAAGCGAGUAAAGGAGGUGGAAGGAAAUGGUUGAGAAGGUGGAAGAAAAAAAAAAAAAGUAUAAACGGUUAAAUAAAGUAAAACAAAAGAAGAAAACAAUGUGUAAAUAGACAUAUAUUCUAAAUGAAUUGAAUUUGGUAAACUUUUAAACAGAACGUAUAUAGUUAGUGCAAUUUUAACGCAAGCUUGACGUGAAAAUUACGUAUGCGUUGCAUAUUCGUAAAAUAUUAUUAUAUCAAAAUUCGCGGUUUAUCAAACAGUCUUUUGCUAAACCUUACGUUAAAUGCAGGAACGGCUGGAGCGCGUUCGUAUGAAAAUUUAUAUAAAACACAUCCUAUAGAGAUAUACACGUAUAAAUGAUACAUAGGCGUGAAUCCUCUCUCUCUCUCUCUCUCUCUCACACAUACACACACAGUCAGUUUAAUAAAAUUGAACAAUUGUAAAUGUGAAGAUUAGGUAUCGAUGUACCUCUAAAAUUGGAAAAAAAUAGUCAAAACUUUUAUCUUCUAACGAUGCGGAAGUAACAUUUUAUAUCUAUCCACAUGUGCGUGUGUGUACAAAUUCACGAAUACAUUUAACCACAUACAGUAGUGCGUUCUAUUCAUUAAAUAUACACACACACACGCACACACACACAGUAUAUCGAAGAGAGAAUGAAAGGAAUAUAAAGGAUGUUUAAAAAAACCGAACAACUGACUUGUGUCACGCAGAACAUUUUCUAGUUAAAUUUUUGUAAUUUUCAAACGACGCACACGCAUAUAUAUAUGUGUGUGUGUGUAUAUAUACAUAUAAUAUAUCAUCAUACACAUUUAUCAAACACGUGUGCACUUAAGGCGACACUCAUUAUAUGGUAUUUCAGUUUCACAGAGAGUGAUAAGAAAAACAUGGCGUGCGCGCGGCAUUUUCUAUAAACCUAAAAAAAAAAAAAAAAACGAGACACACACCAGCAAAAUUGAUAUACGCAAUUAAUUGUACAUGAACUAAAUUAAUUGAUAAACAGAGGAGUGAGAACUGUUAUCAUUAUUAUCAUUAUUGUUGUUUUUGUUGUUUUUGUUGUUGUUGUUGUUGUUGUUGUUGUUGUUGUUGUCAUUGUUGUUGUUAUUAUUAUUAUUAUUAGUAUUAUCAUCAUCUAAUCUAGUUAUGCUAAAAAGAUGGUUGUGUGUGUAUAGCUUCUUCAUGUAUUAUAACUUUUCUCCGCGACGUUACGCUAAACUUUUUUGUAUCUUUAUAUAUAUCAUAUAUGUAUAUAGCGUGUUCUAGUUCAGUAUGUGUGUAGGUACAUCCGUAUCGUAUGUAAAUUUAAUCAUAGGUAUUUCCAAUAUCCGAUAGAGCGGUAUUAUUUUUCAAAAUUAGAUACAAUUUAUUAUCACUAGAUAAACGACGAGUUUGUAUUUAGCCGCACUAGUCGAUUUACACGCAAUACUAGCUCUACGUCUGCAGUCUCUAACCGUUUUUACCUUUUCUCUCGAUACUUUGAACAUUUUUUUUUCUUCUUCUUUUCACUUAAGAUAAAUUUCCCUGCCUUGAUUGUUGUUUCAUAAAUUGAUUCGUUAAUUUUCUGGUUCGAAACUGGUUCCGUUGGUUUCGCAACAUGUGCAAUACUUCACUUGAUCGACUAAUUAUCGUUUAGCUCCUUACCUCCUCAGACAAAAAGGGAAGGUAAAAAAAAAAAAAAAAAAAUUUUGCCCGUAUCACAUCGGAAUCUUCAACCCUCUGAGUCUACUUUGCGUGUUUUAAAAGAAAAA